GCCCACUUCUCUAAGGCAAAUUGUCUGCUCCUUCCAGUCAACGCAGUGUCGAUCAUGAUCAUCAAACCCCUCCUUCUCAUUUCAGCCUUGCUCUGCGGAGUGCAGGCUAAGCUUAAGACAUAUCCCGUCCCAUCGGGCAUCGCCAAGAGCACGGCUUUUACUGCCAAUGUCCGUACAAAUCGCAACGGUGCCGUGUGGCAGCCUCUAGACAUCUACGAGAUUGGCCUGCAUGAGAUCAACACUACCACCGGCUCGGCUGCUGUGAGGACAUCAUCGUACACGUACUUUGAUUUCACCGGCAUGGUUGAGAUCGCUGUCAGGUACAACAAUGCCGUCGCUCAGAAUGUCCGCGUCCGCCCAGACUCGUACGGCAUCAUCCCGCCAAUAGUAGAUGGCUGGGUCAACUUCACCAUUUCUAAGCCCCAGAAUCUCGUCAUCCAAGUCAACAAUCAAACCUUCGACGUGCUUCACGUUGCUGCCGCCCAUGUUCAGACGCAUGUGCCCUCCUCCACCGACCCGGAUGUUAUCUACUACGGCGCCGGCGUCCAUGACGUUACUGGCGGAGUGGUCAACGUCCCCUCUGGCAAGACUCUCUACCUUGCUGGCGGUGCAGUGCUCCGAGCAGGCGUCACCCUCACCAACACCACAGGCUCUUCAAUUCGCGGCAGAGGCAUGAUCUACAAGCCCAAGUCUGGUGUUGCCACCGCUUACGCCCAAGAUACAUUGAUCGAGGGCAUCACUCUCAUUAGUGCAAAUAUUGGCGGUGGCCAAGCAACCGGCUUCCAUAUCCGUGAUGUCAAGUCAUUCAGUGCCGUUGGGUGGGGUGACGGCAUGGACUUUUACUGCUCCAAGAAUGUUCUGGUCGAGAGAGUCUUCAUGCGCAACUCGGAUGACUGUAUCGCUAUCUACAGCCAUCGCGACAACUGGUGGGGCGACUCCAAGAAUAUCACCAUCAAGGACUCGUCCCUCUGGGCUGACGUCGCCCACCCAAUCAACAUUGGUACUCAUGGCAACUCUGAUAACCCCGAGACGAUCUCUGAUCUUACAAUCGAGAAUAUUGAUAUUCUGGAUCAUCGUGAGGCCCAGGUCGGAUAUCAGGGAUGCAUUGCUAUCAACCCAGGUGACAGCAACGUGGUCAAGGACGUCCUCAUCUCGGAUGUCCGAGUGGAAGACUUCCGCCUCGGCGAGUUAUUCACCCUUAGGGUCAUGUACAACACCAAAUACAACACCUCUCCGGGAAGAGGGAUCAAGAAUGUCGUGAUCCGAAACCUUAACUAUACUGGAACCCAUGCCUCCAUGGCCGUCAUUGCUGGAUAUGACGAAACCCGUAACAUUGAGAAUGUCACGUUCCAAGGUCUUGUGAUCAAUGGCAAGGCCAUUUAUGAUGCCAUGAGAAAGCCAACUUGGUAUCAGACUACGGACUUCAUUCCUGCUUUUGUCAAUGAGCAUGUCAAGAAUCUUACCUUCCUGUCGUAGGCAAGCAUCUUAGAAACUAAGUAGAACAUUUAGCUACCUCUGCUUUCAAUACAGCUUGGUUACCUCAA